UGGCUUCGUUAUCUGUUUCUCACGUAGCGGAGCUCGUCAACUGUCAACACGGAUUCUGGACUAAACCAGCCCAUCUUUUCUUUUCGUACGUCGAAGAAAAUGUUAGAAAGGGCAACAUUUCCCACAGUAAACCGGAAUAAAACCCUGUAUUUGUAGACUUUCUGACUGUGGUUACAUCAGGUUUGGAAGGAGGGAUGCCGGUGGAGAGUGGGAGCAGCGCUGCCGCCCGCCAGGCCAAGCAGAAAAGGAAGUCCCACAGCCUUUCCAUCCGCAGGACCAACAGCACGGAGCAGGAGAGAUCUGGCCUGCAGAGAGACAUGCUGGAGGGACAGGACUCCAAACUGCCUCUGUCUCUGAGGAGCAAUCUGCUGGACCUGUUCAGCCAAAUCGAGAGGGAGUUUGAAAACCUCUACAUAGAAAACCUGGAAUUACGCAGAGAGAUCGAAACACUGAACGAUCGUUUGGCUGCAGAGGGGCAGACUUUCGAAGGGGCAGAUUUAGCCAAAGGAGCACUUAAAACAAAAGCAAGUCAUAGCACAAGUCAGCUGUCACAGAAACUAAAGACGACCUACAAGGCUUCCACAAGCAAGAUUGUGUCCAGUUUCAAAGCGACCACGUCCAGAGCCGUGUGCCAGCUGGUCAGGGAGUAUGUCGGCCACAGGGACGGCAUCUGGGACCUCAGCGUCACCAGGACACAGCCUGUGGUGCUGGGAACCGCAUCUGCAGACCACACUGCGAUGCUAUGGAGCAUUGAAACUGGGAAGUGCCUCCUCAAAUAUUUGGGCCAUCAAGGAUCAGUCAACUCCAUCAAGUUCCACCCCACUGAACAGAUGGCUCUCACAGCCUCUGGAGACCAGACAGCUCACAUCUGGAGAUACAUGGUGCAGCUGCCGACUCCACAGCCUGUUGCUGACAUGAGUCAGCAGACGCCCUGCGAAGACGACGUGGACUUUUCAGAUAAAGAUGAGGCCGAUGGCGAAGUCGAUGGUCCAAACGACUGUCCCUCUGUUCGCAUAGCAACCACUACACUGCGCAGCCAUCAGGGUGUGGUGAUUGCUGCUGACUGGCUGGUGGGAGGCAAACAGGUGGUGACAGCAUCCUGGGAUCGAGCCGCCAACCUUUACGACGUAGAGACCUCAGAGCUGGUCCACUCACUUACUGGCCAUGACCAGGAACUCACCCACUGCUGCACACACCCCACACAGCGUCUGGUGGUCACCUCGUCCAGAGACACCACCUUCAGACUGUGGGACUUCAGAGACCCAUCCAUCCACUCUGUCAACGUGUUCCAGGGACACACUGACACGGUGACGUCCGCUGUGUUCACGGUGGGAGACAACGUGGUGUCUGGGAGCGAUGAUCGAACCGUCAAAGUGUGGGACCUGAAGAACAUGAGGUCGCCCAUAGCAACCAUCCGCACAGACUCUGCUGUCAACAGGAUCAGCGUGUCGGUGAACCAGAGAAUCAUUGCUCUUCCUCACGACAAUCGGCAGGUCCGGCUGUUCGACAUGUCCGGGGUGCGACUGGCUCGACUCCCACGAAGCAACAGACAGGGUCACCGGCGCAUGGUGUGCUGCUCAGCCUGGUGUGAAGACAACAUCUCCUGCAACCUGUUCACCUGCGGCUUUGACAGACAGGCCAUCGGCUGGAACAUCAACAUCCCCGCCCUGCUUCAGGAGAAAUGACCUCCACCUCCUCCUGCUACUACUGUAACCUGACAGUGACACUCCACCCAGGGUUUCUGUUCAGAGUGUCAGACACCAUCACCUGUAGGCUGAAAAGGUGGCUGUAAAAAGUGUAGUUUCGCCCUUCUUUUUAUCUGUGAAAGCUUGUAACACUGAUAUAAUUUGAGCCACGACUCAACAAAGGAUAAAAUCAUUUUUAACAUCCGUCUUUGGAGCCUACAUGAGGUCAGUAUUUGAUACUCAAAGCUCCCUUAGGGCUAGGGCGGGAAAAGGACUUGCUCUGUCCACUGAAUCUGCCACACUCUUUAAAUCACCACCGCCAAAAUAUACACAACACGUGUGUGUUUUUGCAUGGAAACAGUUCCUCGCUAAAAAAACAAAAAACACAAACCUGCAUACCACUUAUGAAAAAAAAAAAGCACAGAAAGGUUCCUCUUUGUUGAAAACUAAAAAGCAGAACAUUAUACUAAUGCGGAAGAGUUAGAUAAGUGAGGCGCUGCACAUGUCUGCUUAGUGCUGAGUUAAGCUUCAAUACAGCAAAUCUAAUCUUCAAGUAAGGACCAGGAUGGCAGUCUUGCUUUAAAGAAGAAAAACCACUAGUUUUAUAUAUUAGUUUUUUGUGAUGAGUCCAUUUCAGAAGUUAAUCUGUGAUAACUUGUCGUCAUUUACCUUCUGCUUUAUUGAAAUCUCCUGAUUUCCAUGAUGCUGCUGGUCCAGGUGGCUGCAUUGUAUUCUAGUCUCUUUUUUUAAAUUUUUUUAUUAGUCCCUGUUCAACAGUAGAUUUCUUCAAGUGUGAUUGGACGUUGAACGUUAAUGCAAAUGGCACUUCAAGAAAGAAGCUCUCACUUUUAUGCCAUGCUAUGAUGCUAAAAUCUUCUUUUUGCCACUGAUCUCGAAGCAUCUAUAAGGUGAUAAGGUGGAUUUUUCCUUCUUACUUUCACUUUUUUUGUGUGGCACCUGAGAUUCUUGGCUUAAUAUCUAUAAUACACAUAAUACUAUAAAUAACUGGUCAGAUGACGGAUGAUCACAUUUUGGAAUGAAACUGUCCUUUUGUUUGUCGCAGCUCAGUGUAAGGAUAUUUCUGUGUGAGCAAGUAAUGCAGCUUUAAGAAGAAAAAAAAAAAACCAAUAGCUGUUACAAUUUCUCUUGUUGCUCUUUUGGGAAAAAAAAGGUUGAGUGGAGAAAUUAGCUAACAGCCAGAUGCUGGUGGAUGUUGGCUGCUGACUAGUAAGAUUGUUCGUCACAUACAACAAAAGGGAUUUCAUGGUCUUGUUCUGUACAGAAAAAAAUCGAAGUGGCUGAUAAUGGAGCUGCAAUCGUCUGUUUUCUUUUCUUCUGAUGACCUGUGAAAUGUGUGGAAAACAUCUCCUGUGCUGACAGGGAUUCUGUGUUUUCACUAGAAAGAUUUCUCCUCAGUGUGGAUACACCCAUGCUGGUGGGGCUGAAAAUAGUACUGCCACACUACAUGUCACAAUCCUGGAUGGCUGUCAGACUGAACCUGAACACCGAGAUACUCAGGCAUUCAUUAAAUUUGAUAUGGAAACAUUGAGGAAAAUGCGCCUGGUGGGCCUAAAGUAACUAAAAACAUAGUGACUUCCAUUUAACUCAGAUAUGUAUGAUAACUAUUAAAUUGUUUCUAUACUGCAUUUAUAAAGAAAACCCAAAAUGCAGCUCAUCACUUCUAUGAUCAGAUUUCCAGAACUUCCUGUUUACAGCAAAAUUCAAAUCACAGAUAACUGUUUGUGAUUAAUUAUAAUUAAUAGAUGAAUUCAAGGUAAUUAAAGUUCAACUUGAUGUAUUUUCUUUGCAUUUGAGCCAAAGAUAGCAAAAGUAAAUUGAAUAGCUGCUCCAAACUUUUAUCUACUCGAUACCAAUAUUAAAAUAGAUUAAUGCUAUUGUAAUAAAGCUUCCAGCCACCAGCUGAUAAGUGACGGAGAUGCUGCCUUUAUUUUAAAUAAUCUUCCAUAAAACAUAUUGUGAAUGUGUUAGUGAUCAAAACGUUUGGUUUCUGUCUGAUAACCACCGGGCAUCAUGACACACAGUGUGACGGUCCUGUGUCAGGGCUCACUACUGUCAGAUGACUGAAACUUCCUGUUUGCUGGUCAGUGUUGUCUCCACUGUGGACGAGCAAGCAAAUCCACUGAAGCUCUGAGCCGCUGAAUUUAAAGUCACUCCAGCGUGGAGCUGCACAGUGUAGGUGUGGGCUUUUCUCACUGCACUGACGGUGUUGCUCUCUCUUCAGUGUGGUGUUAUAAAUACAUUGGUCACGUACGUCGGCUCCUUCUCCUUUGUGGAGGCUUUAGUGUUUCAGGUGUGGGCCCCAGUGGUUAGGUUUCUCUCUCAAAUCAUCUUUAACGGGAUCUGACUGUUUCUGUUUCUGUAAAGCCACAAAGAGCCACUGUGUGUCUACUACACAGAAGAAACAGUCAGCUCUGUGGACAGUUGAAUGAUUGGAGGCUGAUAAAUGUGUAGACAUACAGCGCUCAGCAUUGUGCUGUCUAAGAUUGGUGUGCAGGGUUCUGUGUUUCUGUAAUCACUCUGUAUGUGCACACUUUAAAUCUUUAGUCUCUGAGAAAAAAAAAAACCUGUUCAGAGGCUUGUUAAACAGAAAAAUAAUACCUAUAAUAUAUCUUUAACUUUGAAGGACUAAAUAGACUCUAGCAGCCUUUCCCACCUGCAGGACCUUUUCCACAAGCCAAGGAACCUUUUUGGGAACUUCACCUGUUAUUUGUCUAAAUUAAUUUCCUGGGCUGAAGUUCCUGGUCGGAAAAGAGUCCAUGCCUCAAGUCGUAGUAGUUCCUGGAGUCAAACACAAGCCUCAAGGGUACUCCAACCUUUUAGAGUAUUUAGCAUAACAAAAUUUAAAGUUAUACAUAUUAGGGCCAUUGAGUGAUGUUAAAAUUAUUUAGUCAGCUUCUUGACUCAAGACAAACAAAAGAAAAGCAAGUGAGAGUGAGAAAAGCAAAAUUGUAUUUGCUAAUUAUGCGCUUAAACAGAAAUAAAUAACACCAGACAUUUAGCUAAUUGUUGCUACUGCUCAUGUCUGUUGGGCAGCAGUAACUAUAAAGAAAAAAAAGGUGUUUUUCUGUUAUUUGUGAAAAUUAUUUCUCAAACAAAGCCAUAAUUUUCUAAUCAAUCAUCAAGGGAUUUUCUUUUUUAGUUCCUUAGUUUAGUUUCUGGUUCUCCUUCAUUCCUGCGACUACGUUGCUUGAAAGAGGUUGUAGGGAGUUUGAUCGAUUGGUCACUUUAUGCAGUGGCACCAUAAUCAGAUAUUAACCCAUUAGCCUAAAUCAGCUCAGUUACAAUGGAUGGUGAGAAUAAUUCUAAAAGGGCAGAAAAUGAGAACUUACAGCUGCUACAUGUAAAUUUGAAUGUCUUGUUAAAUACACACUAAAUUCUAUAAUGGUGCACUUUAAGCAAAAUGUUUGUUUACACAGGAAGUGAGAAUAAGUCCCCUUUGUUAUCAUCCUGUUCUCAAACCAGUUUUCAAGUAGAUCAUCUCUUUCAUCCACAAAUCCUAAAAUUUAUGGCAUAAAAUUAAUUUGAAUUAAAGCUCUAAAAGUAGCUUCAAUGUACCGUGUCUAUCAACAGCCCACACAGGGAUAAUUCUUGGUCUGACAUGACCACUGGACCAAACUUUCACUGAGUUUGUAGAGUCCUGUCAGAGUAUAAGGAGUUAUUAUGGAGCGAUUUUAGCAGAUGUGUAGAGAAUAAGAUGGGUCUGCUGUGUUCUGUGGAGAGAUGCAGAUUGUUUUAUACACAUUGCACAAAUAAAAUAUGAUUUCUGUCAACACAAAAAAAGGGAUUAAUUCAAAUCUGGCGUCAUAUUUGUUAUACAGGAAGUGAUGAUGAAACAUUUCCUCUGAUGCCCCGCCUAGCUGUUGUACCAGGACUUGAGAUGAUUGUAAAAAAAAAAAAAAGGAAAAAAAAAGAAGGCUUUUUUCUAGUUUAUCGCAGUGCCCUUUAGUCAUUACUGUUGAAACACUGUUGUGGGGAUUCUGUAAGUGUCAUAUUUGUUAUGGUACUUUAAAACAAGUCAAAUCCCUGAUGAGUGUUGUGAUGCAUUCGCUUACACCUUCUUUCGCUUCACCACUCCCACAAAAACACUCCAGCCAAAGCUGCAUUCAAGUGAAUGGGAGAGGCUGUAACAAUGUGUGUAUGUGUGUGUGUGUGUGUUUGAGAGUAUUUUACCAUGUUACCAGAACAAGGUCUGUGUGUAUGUGUGUGUGUAUGUGUGUUUGAGAGUAUUUUGCCAUGUUACCAGAACAAAGUCUGUGUGUGUGUGUUGAUACAAAUCGAUGUCUAAAAUCGUGUUUAAUGUAAUACCAGGCAGUUCGUGAUUCGACUGCAGCACAGCUGUCGUACUGCUGUUGUACUUUAACGUGUGUUUUCGACAGGGCUCAUUAGUUACCACAGUGACGCGAUGAACAAGCACAGUUCAUUUCAAAUCGAUGUUUUUUUGUGAGUCUAGCUUUAGACCUGUGGAGCGUUUAGCUGGUUUGUAACAGCACUGUUCAUCGACAUGACAAAAAUUUGUCUCUUCAGUGGGUAAAAAAACAUAUUUUGAUGGAUACCUUCAGUUUCAGUGUUUGUUUAUUUGGUAACACUUAACAGCUGCCUUUUGAAAUGUAUUUCUAACAAUGGAAAAGCCUCAUUAAUACCAUGUUUGUUAGCAGCUGUAAAACAGCAUAAUUUUCAAUAAACUAAAGUGCUUACAGUACUUGUCAAAAGGCACAUGUAAAGUGUAAACCUCCUAAUACCUUUUAAACAUAACAUUUGUACUAUAUAAAUUGUAAUAUAUGAAAGAAAGCAGCCAAUUGGGCUGCACAGCGUAUUUUAGCUGCAGCAGUUUUAUUAUUAGCCUUUAUAACUUGAUGACAUGAUCCUGCAUUUCUUUUUUUUAUUUUAUGUAAAUCCAUUUUAUUGCUUCAUGGGUGAAGAUGUCAGUUCAUCUGUAAAGGUUUUACAUUCACGAAAGACUGAGUUAGUUUUAUCAUUUUAACCAGGGAUGGUCUUAGUUUCUUAGUGGAACCAACAAGUUUUGCAUUGGGUUAAUUUAAAAAUGAUCACUUUACAGCUGCAGACUAAACUUUCCCAAAAGCAGUAUAAUAAUAUUGUAACUUACGUUUUAAAAAGUUGUUAUAUUAGUUGUUAAGGUGUGAAUUUUGAUAUACUGUAUUUUUCACUGUAGGAAUACCUUUUUUUUCUGGCUACCUGCAGCUGUUCUGGAUAAAAGUCCUUAAAAGGGCAUGGGCUUUAAUUUCCUCUUUAAAAAAAAAAAAGUCUGUAUUACUAGUAUUUUAGCAGAGACCACUGAUGUUGUUUCCCCUCCUGCAAAAGAAGUCAUCCUUGCUUUAAAUGAUAAAACAUUUUGUUUGCGUGAAGAAAAUAAAAGGUGUGUUUUUGUGUGCGUGAGUGAGUGAAUGUUUGAUCUGUUGUUCAUCCAAUAUCGUUUUAUUCCUGACAGUUUAAGCAAGUUUCACUGCAUUUUCUACCAGCACUGAGCAACUCUGUUACCAUGUUCAUAAUUCACAGAUUUUAACUGAAUGUUCAGUCAUACUCUUCAUGCUCUCAAUCCCAGUAAAACCAGAUCACAUGAUCACUAAGCAUCGGCCAUCUCAAAUCUGCCGUCUUGAAGCCUUGUAUAACUGUGGCUCUGUGGUGUGAACAGUGUUACGUGUGAUCGAAGUGGUUGAUGUAGAACAACAAACACCACAGCGCAGUUCUCAGAAAAGAAAAAAAAAAGAUGAAAACCUGUUGGAUCGACUUGACCGCGGUUUUGUGGAUUAUAGCUGUGUACUGAGGAACAAGCAUCUGCUUGUGAAAUCAAAAUAAACCAUUUGUGCUGUUUGAA